AUGGCUGAAUCUGCAACCGAGAAUCAAGUUGCUCUGAGAGUUUUGAUAGAUGAAAAGAAAAAUAAAGUAGUGUUUGUCCAAGCAGGGAAGGACUUUGUGGAUUUCCUUUUAAGCUUCUUAACCUUGCCACUGGGCACUAUUGUGAGGCUUGUGAGUAAGGAAUCAAACAUGAAGAAGGUUAGCAUUGGAAGCCUAAGCUCCUUGUACGAAAGCGUGGCCAAUCUUGAUGAAAGUCAUUUCUGGACAGACACGUGUAAAGAAAUGCUGCUUCAGCCAAGGAACGCAAUGGAAAGCUACUGCCAAAAUAUAAAGCUUAAUAUUGAUGACACUGAGAAAACAAAGUACUUUAUAUGUGAGGACUUGGAUUGCAGUCGUAAGCGUAGUGGUGGCUUGUUGAGUACUUUCACAAACCAAAGAUGCAAAUGCGGGAAACCAAUGAAUCGAGAGAUAUUUAAUCGUAUAUCACCCGCAAAUAAAGGGUUCGUUCCAGAAACUGCAACUUUUAUUAUUUCAGAUGACCUUAAGGUGAAACCUGAUGAUUUUCAAAAUUCUGUUUGUCUACCUAUAAAUCUUGGAUCCGAAGACUUCGACGCAAUCAAACUAGUAAUUGUGAAUGUCACCCAGAAUGAUACACUGGACCUACUGACGGGCUCCUUAUUUUCCACCACACCUUUAACGGACUUGUUCUUGCGGAAGAAACAACUCAUUGAGAAUGCACAAACAAGGAGUGUAUCGGAUUUUGAUAUUGGUGAGGUUGAAGGUAAUGAUGGAGGGCAGAGAAUGAAAAUAAAGGCACUGAUAAGAAAAUCCAACAACACGAUAUUGUUUGCUUUAGCUGAAGAGGAUUUUGUGGACUUCAUUCUUAGUUUUUUGACUUUCCCCUUGGGAGGGGUGGAGCACAUGUUGAACGGGAACUCUUGCUUGGGCAGCAUUGAUAAUUUAUACAAUAGCAUAAUUCAUUUGGAUCCUAAUAGAUAUUUCAGGUCCUUCGAUUUACAGGAUAAGCUCGUUAAAUCUCAACUUGCACACCAAUUUAAGCUCAACAACCAGAUGUUACCGUUUGAGGAAGUGCCUAUUCCUGAUUACACUUGUUACAGUGAUACUAAUAUUAAUAAUAAUAAUGGAAAGAUAAGCUGCUAUUUAACUUCUUUACAAGGUUAUGAAAGAUUUACUUCAGAGGUAUGUGCUCCAUUGAGCUAUUUAGAGCCGCAGUCAUCAACUGGCCAAAAAUAUAGCACAUGUGGCGGAAAAGGAUUCGCCAAGAAGAUGUCUCUAUACAUGGUGACAGAUGACUUGGUCAUCACUCCAAGUUCAUCUAUCUCUGCCAUUUCCUUUCUUACCCAAUUGAGAAUUCCUCCUUCUGAUUUGGAGGAAAGAGUUAUCAACAUUGGCAAAAAAGAGGGUCUCAGCCUUCUGAAAGCGUCUUUGUUCUCAUCAUCUGCUCUGACAAAUGGUCUCCGCCAAUUCCUUAAACCCAUCAAAGAGGAGAAUUCACCAAACUAA